AUGGAUAGGGAAUGGAUGAGGCAGGAGGCUAAUGCACUCUUGAGCAAAACGGGAAAUGGGAGCGCGGCUGGCAGCAUCCACACAUGUUUGACACUUGAUCAACUGUGCUCUCAGAUGACCAGAAGUCGAUGCAAGGGCGGGGCCUUAUCGUGGCGUCAGACCAUGUUCAACCUUUCGGGAGUCAGCACAAUCUCGAUAAAUCCGGGGACUGGAGAAACGAAGGGGUAG